AUGUCGUCUGCUUUCCUUCUCCUGGCUUGUGCGCUGGUCAUCUCUGUCCACGCCGACGGCGUCUGCCGAAACAGGCGUCAGUGUAAUAAAGAGGUGUGCGGUUCCUCUUAUGACGUGGCCAUCGUGGGGGCGGGGCCAGGGGGAGCUAACUCCGCCUACAUGCUGAGGGAGUCUGGCCUGGAUAUCGCUGUGUUCGAGUACUCUGACCGGGUGGGUGGCCGUCUGUUCACCUACCAGCUGCCCAACACACCCGACGUGAACCUGGAGAUUGGCGGCAUGAGGUUCAUCGAGGGCGCCAUGCACAGACUCUGGAAAGUCAUUUCAGAACUCGGACUGACCCCCAAGGUGUUCAAGGAAGGUUUCGGCAAGGAGGGCAGACAGAGGUUCUACCUACGUGGACAGAGCCUGACCAAGAAACAGGUCAAGAGCGGGGACGUACCCUAUGACCUCAGCCCGGAGGAGAAGGCCAACCAGGGACGUCUGGUCGAAUACUACCUGGAGAAACUGACCGGAUUACAGCUCAACGGCGGACCACUCAAACGGGAGGUGGCGCUCAAACUGACCGUGCCGGACGGCAGAUUCCUAUAUGACCUCACGUUUGACGAAGCCCUGGACCUAGUGGCCUCCCCUGAGGGCAAAGAGUUCACUCGAGACACGCACGUGUUUACCUCAGAGGUCACACUGGACGCCUCGGCUAUCUCCAUCUUCGAUGACCACCUGGGAGAGGACUACUAUGGCAGUGAGAUCUACACCCUAGAGGAAGGAAUGUCUUCUGUACCACAAGGACUGCUACAGACUUUCCUGGAUGCCGCAGACUCCAACGAGUUCUACCCCAACAACCAUCUGAAGGCUCUGAGACGGAGGACCAAUGGUCAGUAUGUCCUGUACUUUGAGCCCACCACGUCCAAGGAUGGACAAACCACCAUCAACUACCUGGAACCCCUGAAGGUUGUGUGUGCUCAGAGAGUCAUCCUGGCCAUGCCCGUCUACGCUCUCAGUCAACUGGACUGGAAAAGUCUCAGAAAUGACCGUGCCACCCAAGCAUACAGCGCCGUGCGUCCUAUGCCAGCCAGUAAAGUCUUUAUGACCUUUGACCAGCCCUGGUGGUUGCAGAAUGAGAGGAAAUCUUGGGUCACCAAAUCAGACACGCUUUUCAGCCAAAUGUAUGACUGGCAGAAGUCCAAGGCGUCCGGAGAUUACAUCCUGAUCGCCAGCUACGCCGACGGCUUCAAAGCCCAGUACCUGCGGGAGCUGAAGAACCAAGGAGAGGACAUCCCAGGCUCUGACCCCGGCUACAACCAGGUCACUGCACCCCUCAAGGACGCCAUUCUUGAUCACCUCACUGAGGCUUACGGCGUGGAGCGAGACUCGAUCCCAGAACCCGUGACUGCUGCCUCCCAGUUCUGGACAGACUACCCGUUUGGCUGCGGAUGGAUCACCUGGAGGGCCGGCUACCAUUUUGAUGACGUCAUCAGCACCAUGCGUCGCCCAUCACUGAAAGAUGAGGUCUACGUGGUAGGAUCGGACUACUCCUGGGGACUUAUCUCCUCCUGGAUAGAGGGCGCUCUGGAGACAUCCGAAAACGUCAUCAACGACUACUUCCUCUAAGUCUGCGUCACCACAUUGCCAUCUCCGAUAUAAGGAAUAAUGCUUGUGUCUGUUUUGUUUGUUGCAACUGAUGGAAUAUAAAUAUGAGUUCUUUAAGGUUUGAGUGUUGAGUCACCGAAUGCCAUGUUUUUCAUUACAUGCUAAGAAUUUUUCCAACAUGUUUUAUUGUAGAUGUUAACAUAUACAAAUGCUCACCACGAUAAAGAUGUUUCAAACAUCACCCCACCAAUAUUGUGCCAUUUCUUGGGAAAUGUUUCCUUCCCACUUGCAAAAUAAAAGACUAAUAAAGAGCAAAUAAUGUAUAACAAACAAGAGGUGGAGUUUUUCUCUGAAACGAACAUCGAUCAUGGACUGUGAGAUCAUCACUGCUGAUAUAUUCCUGUAGCUAAAGUGUGUCUGAGAGCCAAAACGUGCCAUCUUGCGACUGCUGGAGUAACAUCAAAAUGGCGAGUCUUGGCGUAAAGACAUGUCUAUCUGUCUAUUUAUCUAUCUAUCUAUCUAUCUAUCUAUCUAUCUAUCUAUCUAUCUAUCUAUCUAUCUGGCUAUCUACGAAGGGGGUUCAAGACGUCUGUGGUCUAAUUAUGAAAGAAUAAAGAUAGAUUUUUGUAACUUGGCACACAUACUUUCAAUUCUCUACAUAAUUACCAUGCAGAGUAACACAUUUCUGCUACCUCUCUUUUACCUUCAAAAUUCCUUGAGAGAAAAAUGACCCAGAAUGGGCCCCUAACCAGUCUUAAACAACUUCAAUGGCGUCCUCGUUGUCACGAAAAUGACGUCCUUUUAGAGAUUUCUUUUAGAUUAGGAAAGAGAAAAAAGUCCGAGGGGAUUAGAUCUGGAGAAUAAGCUGGGUGUGACAGGAAUUCAAAGCUACACUGUUCUGUUGUCUGGACUGCCUGUA